AUGCCACCGCCAACUGCAUACUCCAACUCUGCCAAGUCUGUUCUGGAGAGUAAAAGGAGAGAAGAGGCCAAUGCUCUUUAUGAAGAGAUGCGGUAUUUAAUGAAGUGCACGGAUCGCAUGUCGUAAGUUUGAGCUUUUAUAAUUCCAAUUUCAUUUCUCGUUUUCAGAAUGGAAGACACCGUGGCCCGAGCAGUGGAGACAGUGACGGGAAAACCGUUCAACCCGGCCCUCUCGUCUGCGACGACCUCUGAUGAAGUUGGGCCGAUCAAGCAAGACAGGAAGCUGUCGAAUGCCAAGAAGGAACAAUUGCGUCGGGACAAGCUUAGUCUCGGGAUGGAUGCUCUCAAAGCGUUCAUUCUGGAGAAUACGUUGGGAACGAACCAACAACGGUAAGUAUAUACUUAUGCAUUCCCAUUGAGACCGUAUUGUGUUUCAGGAGGAAACUAGAGCGUCUGACCGUUCUCCGAAUCACCUGCGAACAUCUCCGUGCCACUUCCACACCGGCCAGCGUCUCAUCCGACAAUGGGACCACUUCCUCUUCUUCUUCUUCUUCUUCUCCUCCAACCUCCACUCCACCCAUUGCUGCACCGAUCGGAUCACUGCCACUUGUACCGAUGAUGCUCCCGUUCAUCUUCCCACUCAUUGCUCCGUGGACGUUCCCAAUGCUGCCGACUCUUGCUCUUCCUGCUUUCCCAUUCUCUGCUCCGUCCAUCCUAAAUCCGUCUGUUGUCGCUGUCGACGAGGACGAAGAUGCUGACAUCGUCACUCGGUAACUGACUCCGGAUCCUAAUUCAUCUGAUAAUUUGACAAUCUUAACCCAGUCUAUUGUUCCUGUGAGUUGCUUAUAUAUCCCUCAUUUUCCUUCUGUUAAGUAACUGUUCAAUAGUCAUAAAGUUUUUUUGAAACCCAAUUGGCUUACUAAAUCCCUCUGGAAAAGAUUGGUUUUCUUGACCAUCCCUUCCUUUUCCAAACCCGACUACGAUAUCAGUGAGAAGGAAGUUUUGACAGUUCUACAUCGAGCCAACUAAGCUGGGCUCCGGCUCUGACUUCUGCUACAUUAUCCACUAUGUCUGUUGUGUCCUGAUACUCUGUUCCAAUUCUCAGUGUCCCCUAUCAUUCCGGCUGACCACCAUGGGAAAAUGAGGAGGGUGGGGGUCAAUGGCUCAAAUAUAAAUGGUAGUUGAAGCAAGGGAGAUCAUUUUGGUAUCAAUAAACAGUUUGAAAUUAUCCGCUUCUAAACUUGUAUUAUAUUUGUUCCGUGAAGCAUAUUUUAAGUAUAAGGUUGAUAAUAAUCAUAAAUGGGGAAUCUUCAGCUACUUGCCAACGCAAAAGAAAAGAGAUCAUCAUUUCAAAGAUGCAACCGAGGCCAUUAUGAGCUAUGACUUCAACGCGCGAUCCGUGUGGAUGAAAUUCUCACCGUUGUGGACCCACGUGGGCGCGAAAUGGGGCGCACAACGGACCCAUAGACAAUCCCUAAUGGAUCCGCCGCGAUUUAUCUGUGACUACCCUCUAAUAGACCUUUUACCCAUUUUUUUAGUAAAGUUUUCAGUUUCAAACAUCCGACAACUCUCUUUUCCAAAUAAUUACUUAAUUAAUAUAUUACAAAUAUUACAGUAGGAUUUCUUCUCCCCACGCCUAACCCCUUCUUCUCCUCUAUUCUCUCCCCGUCCCCGUCCGUGCUGCUUUCAAUAAACUUUUUAUUACACACAAGCCCACUUUGUCAGCAUGCGAAUUAUCAUACGCGCAACGGCCAGUCUGCAAUUGCGUGUGUCUAAUGUCCCAGGAACCGCCGGUUACCUGCUCUUUGUGCCACAACAAGUUUCGACGAAAGAAUGAUUUGGAAUAUCAUGUGACUCAACUGUGUGCUCGAAAGGUUUUGAAGUGUAAUGUAGGUGAUUUAAGGAAGUUUCGUUUGUCCGCUGCGAGCCUUUUUCUAUUCAGAUCUGCGGUUUCACAGCACUGCAAAGAUGCGGACUGGUGAGCCACAUGAAAACGCACGUGACGAAGAAGACGAUAGAAUGCAACUAUUGCACGGCGUUGUUCAAAACUCGAAUCACUUUGGAGGUAUCUUCACUGCGAGCAUGAAAGUGAGUGAAAAUUGUGAUUUAGAUUCAUCAAAGUCAGUACCACUCGAAGGAAAUUGAGAGGAAGAGGAAGCAGAAGGAAGUUGAAAGAGUGACUAUAUUGGAUGUUGCUCAAGAUGCUCCCGCUCGGAAGAAUGAUGCUCAGGUAACCGUCAGGGACCAUCAAAUCUAUGCCCCUUCUUCAGAGACCACCCGAUGAGAAAUGGCUAUCGGAUGAAGUACCCAUCCCGCCAAACUGGCUCUCCCUGAGGGAUGAAAAGACCGGGCGAAAGAUGUACGUUUCGUAUGCACACGUCUUGGGACCAUCGACAGAAUCGUCCAGUACUGAUAUUGCCGAUUACUUUGAAAAGUAG